UGGCAUGGGGAUGGGAAAGGAGGCGGGGUAAGGUUAGCGUCAGCGCCGACGCGACCCGGAGACGACAGUGUCCUCGGGUGUGACGGGAGUUGAAUGUGAAAACCAAAUACCUUUGGUGAAAACUCACCUGAGCGCAGGAUGAAAGAGUGGUGGAUCCAAAUUGCACUUCUUGCUGUACCGCUAAUAGCAGUCUACCUUCAUCUUCCCCCCCCUAUUCUCUCACCAUCUCUUUACUCAUGGAGAACAGCUGGAGCAUUCUUCACCUUCAAAGACUACCGCAUAUUUUACAGAGAUUCCAAGGGUGCUUUCGGGAGUUCUGAUAUGGUGAUACUUCUGCAUGGCUUCCCAACGUCAAGCUAUGAUUGGCAUAAGAUCUGGGAAGGCUUGAUGUUGAGGUUUAAUCGUGUUAUCGCAGUAGAUUUUCUUGGCUUUGGAUUCAGCGAUAAACCUAGGCUGCACAGAUACUCCAUCUUUGAGCAGGCAGAUAUUGUCCAGGGGCUAAUGGCAGAGCUGGGCCUAGCUCAACAGAAGAUAAAUAUCCUGUCUCAUGAUUAUGGAGACACUGUAGCGCUGGAGCUGCUGUACAGAUCUGAACAAGGUAAUCCUGGGCAUCUGAUAAUUAACAGCCUGUGUUUGUCAAAUGGAGGAAUUUUUCCAGAGACAAACCACCCACGAUUUCUGCAGAAGUUACUCAUAAACAGUGGUUACCUUUCACCAAUCUUCACCAGACUUAUGAACUACUAUUUUUUCUCAAAAGGAAUCAAUAUGGUGUUUGGACCCCACACACAGCCGACAACUGCAGAAUAUUGGGACAUGUGGACCGCUGUCCGGAUCAACGAUGGAAACCUGGUCAUGGACAGUAUUUUACAGUUCAUCAAUCAAAGGUGGAAGUACAGAGAUCGAUGGGUAGGAGCCUUGAUUUCUACCUCUGUUCCAUUACAUUUAAUCUAUGGACCGCUGGAUCCUGUGAACCCUCAUCCUGAAUUUCUGAAUCUUUACCAGACAUUGGUACCAAAAUCAACAGUGUCAGUCCUUGAUGAUCACAUCGGCCAUUAUCCUCAGCUUGAAGAUCCUGUGGAAUUUGAAAAAGCUUACACUAACUUCAUCAACUCCUUCUGAAGUUUUAGUGACAGCUCUGGACCUUGACCAAUGAAAGUUCACCAGCUUCUUCUGCAUUACAGGAAUUCUGGGAUUUUCCCAAAAACGUUUUUCAAAAAAUCGGACUCAGACAUUACAAAUUUUAUAUGGGAUUAUAAAUCCCAUAGAAUACAAAGAGCGCACCUUAAUAAACGAAAAGAGUUGGGUGGUCUAGCACUCCCUAACUUUAUGUAUUAUAAUUGGGCAGUAAAUAUUAAAAAUAUGAUUCACCUGCUGGACAAUUCUGCCCAGCAGGUGGACUGGAUUGUAAUGGAAAGAGAGGCCUGCUCUCCGUGUAAUAUAGGAGCGACUCUCCUCUCACCAAUACAUCUGUAUAACAAAAAUUAUAACAAAAAUCCAAUUAUACAUAGCACAAUUAGAACAUGGAAACAAAUAAAACAGAAUCUAAAAUUAAGAAACCUAUCUCUUUUAAUACCAAUAGUUAAUAAUCCAUCAUUUAAACCAUCAAUUAUAGACAAAUCAUUUAUACAAUGGGAAAGAAUGGGAAUCAAAACGCUCGGAGAUCUGUAUGAAUUGGGAAAAUUAUUAUCAUUUCAACAACUACAACUGAAAUAUAAUGUGAAAUAUAAUCAAUAUUUGAAAUAUCUUCAAAUUUGUGAUUAUCUGAAAAAAUACACAAAAGACUAUCAUAAUAUGCCUACAGACUUACUGGAUGAAGCAAUGAAGACAAAGGCGGAACCAGCAAAUCUAAUAUCAUAAUUAUAUAACAUCAUCGUAAGCAUAGAAAUACCCACAACUGAUGGAAUUAGAAGAGACUGGGAACAAGAAUUAGCUAUAAAAAUUCCAAAAGAGAGCUGGGAUAAUCACUUAUUACAGGUGCAUAAAUGUUCGAUCAACGUACGACAUACGCUCAUCCAAUUCAAAACAUUACAUAGACUAUAUUAUUUAAAAAACUAAAAUAAAUAAACUCUUCCCUAAUGUCUCACCCAUCUGUGAUAAAUGUCUGUGUCAAGAAGCUACCAUAGCGCAUUCUUUUGUUUUUUGUACAAAAAUACAAAAAUUCUGGAAUGAAAUAUUUGACAUCUUUACAAAAUUAAUUAAAAUAAAACUGGUACCAAAACCAGAAUGGAUUAUUUUUGGAAUAUCGGAAGGUAACCCUGAACUAAACGUGUUUCAGAAGAAUUUACUCAAUUACAGACUAAUAAUGGGAAAAAAGCUCAUACUUAAAUUCUGGAAAAAUGCGCCUACACCAACAAUACAAAUGUGGAUAUCAAAUAUGUUUGAAACACUACAUCUGGAAGAGAUGAGAUUCCUCUUAGUAGGCAAACCAGACCACUUCCAAAAGACGUGGUCUACGUUUUUGGAACUAUUACAAGCAUAAGGUGCAAUAGUAAUAUAAUAAAUAAAUAAAUAGAUAAAAGGUACCAGGAUCUGGCAACGGGGGGUAAAAAAACCCCCAACAAAACAACAAAAACAGACUUGGUUGGUAAUCCCCUUUCUGCGGAGUUUAAUGUUAUAAUAGAGCGAUUGUUUCUCCUCUCUUUUUCCUUCUUUUCUAGGGUCUACUUUCUUUCUUUACUUCCUUCUCUAACUUCUUUUCUAAGGGGCUUUCCUUUCUCAACACUCUCCUGCACCUUCACGACUCUUGCGCACUUUCUUUACUUCUAUCUUUUUCUUAAAGCUCAAAAAAUGAAGCGGUACAAAAAAUGUAUUAAGACAUAUGUGUUGUGUAUUAUUGUAAUUUACCGUACUUCUAAUAAAAAUUAAAUAAAAAAUAAAAAAAAGGAAUU